AUGGCCGCGAUUUUGAACGGCGCAAGCGGCGCCGCGGCAACCGGGGGGGUUGGGUGGUUAAUGGCGUUCCCUGGAGUUUCUCGGGACUCGGUGGCUCGGAGCAGUGGUAUCCUUUUCCACAAUGGCUUGCCUUUGGGCAAAGGGGAUUGCCUUUCGGAUGAUAAGGUGGGCGACAACGAUGGCGACAACGAUGAGGGGAGUGAUGUUGAUGAUGUCUACGGUGUUGAUGAGGACUUCGGCUAG